CUCUGCGAGUCGUUCCACUUGCGACUCGGUCACAUAAAAUAUAUACUUUCCUUCUCCCCUUCUUUUUCUUCUUUAGUUAGAGUAAUAUUGCAGCCUCAGUCAUGGGCUGUUCUAAUUCCACCCAGGCGGGCGAGGAGCCCGACGCCGAACGAACCGUUAUCAAAUCUCUGGAUCACUAUCAAAUCGGCACGCCCUCAACAAACUCCACCCUUCUAUUACCGGAUGUCCUAACUCUCGAAACGACUACACAAGCGGGACCUCCCCUAGCGAAGGAUUCAGCAUUGGACAUGGAAUUUUCCCUAGACGUAUUUGCUGAGAACGAACGGGAAUUCGAUGUUACAAUGCUAGAAAUAGCAAGCGAAAUAUUCACAGAGCUAUAUGGAAACCCAGAUUUUGCUCCCGGCAUUUUUGCGGAGGAGGAAAAGGAGUUCGAUCUUGCGAUGAUGGACAUAGCUGACGAAAUAUUCACGGAGCAAUAUGGAAACCAAGAGAUUCCUGCAGCAGUCGAUACCCCAGUAAUCAUUCCCGAGGUGAAGGUGAAAAUUGAGGAUUGCUCCGUUUGUUACCAUCCUGUUUCCGAGACAGCCCUGUCUUCCCCGUGCAAAUCAUGUACUACUCGUACCUGCACAGUUUGCAUUCGGAAAAUGUUUAUCUCAGCUUGCAGCGACGAGUCUUGUAUGCCGCCACGUUGUUGCGGCCCUCUAAAUAUCGGUGCCGCUGUCUCGGUUCUUACUCCAGACGAAUUAGAGAUGUUCAAAAGCAAACAUGAGGAAUGGGCGACCGCCAACCGUGUCUAUUGCCCUGUCCCUAUAUGUUCUGCGUUUAUUCCCUACAGGCUUUUUCCUCCCGAUUACCGCCCUACUUCUACUUUUCCAAAGCCGAAAGCGAAAAGGGACGUCCCAGUGCCUCCCGGCCCAACACAACUGCAAACCCCACCUCCAACACCCCCAACCUCGACUUCACUGCCACCUCCGGAGCCCGCCUCAAUCCCGUGCCCUGGCUGUUCCAUUGAGAUAUGCUGCAAGUGCAAACAGCUUGCGCACCAAGGCGCGCUGUGUCCUGAAGGUGCAGGCGAGCUGGAUCCAGAACUAGCCGCGCUCUUGAAGAAAUGGAAAAUCAGAAGAUGUCCCAAAUGCCGUGGAGCAGUACGAUUAAUGUAUGGCUGCAGCCAUAUGGCUUGUAGAUGCGGUGAUCAAUGGUGCUGGCACUGUAGACAACCUAUUGAAGUGUGUCAGGCAUAUGGCUGCCCCGGCGAGAGUUCUGACGAAGAGGGCGAUUCGUACGAUUCUGAUUUGGGCGAAAGCGACAACGACAACGAGAAUGAAACUGGAAAUGAUGAAAGGAACAAUCAAAUUCCUCCAGAAGACCGAGACCUAGACAGCGGGACUAGAGAACGUUGGGAAGAUGGAGAAUUUUUCUUCGGCGAAGAGCCCGUUCCUCAAAAUUUUGACCCUUUUGACUGCUAUCACACCUGGAUGAAAGCCACCACUGAAGAUGUAAACCGGAGCCUGGAUUUUGCUUGUGAGAAAUGCUGGCGUCAUAUCUCUCCCAGGCCAUUUACAUAUCCCGAAGUGGUAGAACUAUUGGAGCAUGGAUUCAUCCCCGAAAAGUCGGUCGCAGAUGGUGGAAACCAGGAGAAGCUUAGCCUGAGGCUGUUUAUGUGCGCUCGAUGUUCCAUAAUGCUUUGUGAUGAUUGCCGGGACGAGGACACAGCGAUAAAAGUUGCUGGGAAGACGUGGGAAUGGGCCAAAGUAACAUGAAUUACUCAAUCUGGCGUUGAUGCUAUCACGACAAUUUUGGCGUUUUUGAUACGGUGGCUAUGCAAACAUUUCUGUUCUCCUUUUUCGUGGAUUUUUCUAACAUUUCGCGGAGGAGCGUUUUAUUUUUCUAUUUUUUUAUUUCUUUUAUUUUUUAUUUACUUUUUGGCAAUCUCCGUCGCGUUUUCUUACUCUACUUGUUCCAUCCUUUUUCCCUUUCUUGUUGAACUUCGCUAUGACGAGUAUCUUGUGUACUCACUCCGCUUAAACCCUCUCUCUUCAACCCAUCCUUUCUACCUUCCUUUUCACCUUUUUCUUCAUAUUCUGUCCAGUGGAUUUGCCACUGGGGACAACUAUAUAUCUGACAUUUAUAUUCUGGCAUUUUUACAUACCACCGUCAACCGUACAUAGAGAGGUGCAGUGGAUUUCAAUGAUAUAACUGGAAAUCACAGGCCAAAUGCUUUAUUGAUCAAAUGCUUUUCCUCAACCAAUAUCUAAAUGAACAAUAAGUUGAUGCUGUUGAACUAGGCAGGUUAAAUAUCUGAGCCGCCAAAGGGGGCAAGCUGGUGGGUACCUAGGUAAGCUCACAAAUAUCACGUGAAUUA